GCACAUGAUGUUUGCUGCUGAGAAUGUCUUGUCAUAUUUGUAGCCGAGUGUGGAUCGUGAUGUGUCAGUAUGAGAAGCGACUGGCUGUAGUGUCGGACGGGGGAGGCGCUUCCGUGCUCUUUAAGCGUAUGUUUUCCCGAUAGAAAAUUUCCCGUUGUCACACGCGCCGUAGAUGCACGCGCGCGCGCUCACCUCCAUCACGGGGAAGCGCGUGGAGUUGUCAGCUUUUACGGAAUAUUCCCGAAAUAUCGUCUUUUUUUGCGCCGCGAUAGAGAUUGUUUCCGCCGUGAGCCGAACGCGCGGCCAGCGUAUAAUCUCAGAGGACAGUGUUUUGCGUGUGAGGUGCACCCAAUGAUCUGUACGAUAUCACCGUUCACUUUGAGAUGACCAAGGAGAACUAAAAGACACCCUGGCGCCACCUCAAGGUUUCUAUUUCUCCGUCUCCUGCCUCCGUUCCUCUAUGGCUUCCCGAAGUCAGGGGUUCUUCCACCACCAAGAUCACCAUCACCACCAUCACCACCACCACCGCAGUUCAGUGGUGCCCACAGCCGUCCCUCGCCUGCUGCCAGAGACCAGCAGCCUGUUGGGGGGCAUCGCCCAGAUCACUCCUUCCCUGUUCCUCGGCCGGGGGAAUGUUGCUUCCAACCGCAGCCUCCUCCUGUCCAAGGGAAUUACCUGUGUGGUGAACGCCACCAUCGAGCUGCCCAACUUCAACUGGCCACACAUGGAGUACGUCAAAGUGCCACUGGCCGACAUGCCCCAUUCUCCAAUCUCGCUUUAUUUCGACAGCGUGGCUGAUAAGAUCCACAGCGUGGGCCGCAAACGGGGAGCCGUGCUGGUGCACUGCGCGGCUGGAGUGAGCCGCUCCGCCUCGCUCUGCUUGGCCUACCUCAUGAAGUACCACAGGGUCUCCCUGGCCGAGGCUCACGCUUGGGUCAAAUCCCGCCGACCUGUCAUUCGUCCUAAUGGAGGGUUCUGGCGACAGCUCAUCGAGUACGAGAGGAAACUGUUUGGCAGGAACUCUGUGAAAAUGAUCCAGACACCAUACGGGGUCAUUCCCGACGUGUACGAGAGAGACCGCAGGAACUUGGCACCUUACUGGGGCUUGUGAAGAGGGCCUUGGACUUCGGUUCAAGUGUAGAGGACUGGUCCGCCAAGUGAUUUUUUUGACUCCCAUGUCUUCCGGCCUCUUUCCAUACAUCCACAAGUCAAUCCUGCCAGAGAAUAAAGCCUUGGAAUGCUUGCGUCCAUUUUCAAGGUGGAAAGGUCACUUUGAGGGCAUAUUUUAUGAGGUCAGAAGUGAUAAUCCAUCUUUGAAUGCUGAAACAAAUCUUGGUGAUGAUGAUGAUGAUGAUGUUUGUUUUAGGAGCUUUAUGGGAACCAAGUGUGGUGCUGAGAAUCAGGAAUUCAGUCCUUGAUUAAGACUUAUCAAUCGUAAUAUUGUGAGGAUGUUGUUUCAGUUUGACUGUCUUCUUUGUUGAGAGGCAGCAGUCUGAUUUUGAUUACUGGUAGCAUUUGAAAAUUAUAUACAUAUAUUAAAACUAUUAUAUUCCAAGGUGUAUUUAAACUUGUGUGUACUAAAAAAAAAAAAAAAAAAAAAAAAAAAGAUUUUUGGAAGGUUUUGUGAAGAGUGACAAAAUGCUUAACAGAAAGCUACAAUAUUAUCUAAGAUUUAUAAACUAUUUAUGUAAAUUAAAAGAAAUGUAGGACAGUGUUGGCAUUUGUUAAUGUCAGUGCUCCGGCAAACGAAGCAGAACAACAAAUAAGACGGUAGUUUUUUUUCAAUGAAUUCUAUUUUGUCUAUUUGGUCCUUUUGCAAUUCUACUCGGUUUUUAAUUUUUAAAUCAAGAUGUUUCUUUCAGAUGUAAUUAUAACCGGAGGACAUCUGUCAGAGGACUCCUAGCAAAGCUUUUACUAAUUUGUGUUAAAAAAUAACUGAAUUCUUGUAAAAGAGUUCUGAUUUAAUUAGUGUGUCAAAAUUAAUAAAGGGUGAAAUAUUUUAAUGUA